CCCUGGAGCAGCUACCUGGGCUGCUGUAAGCAAACCAUUACACAGCACAGGGAGGAAUGCUGAAGAUACGGACUAUAUGGUUGAACUAACUGGGUUUUAAGUGCUUUUUGGCAAAGUGUCUGGACAAAUGUCCUGUAAACCAGAGCCUAGUGGUGGACAAAGAGAGGGCAGGAUACCUACUGGGUAUGCCAGCGAUGUGCUGGUGAUAUGUAAGCUAUAUGCCAGCGAUGUGCCAGCGACGUGCCAGUGAUAUGCCAGUGAUAUGCCGGUGAUGUGCCGGUGAUGUGCCAGUGAUGUGCUGGUGAUGUGCCAGUGAUAUGCCGGUGAUGUGCCAGUGAUAUGCCAGCGAUAUGCCAGUGAUGUGCCAGCGAUAUGCCAAUGAUGUGCCGGUGAUAUGCCAGUGAUGUGCCAGUGAUAUGCCAGUGAUAUGCCAGUGAUGUGCCAGUGAUGUGCCGGUGAUGUGCCAGUGAUGUGCCAGCGAUGUGCCAGUGAUAUGCAGAAGAGAAGCACCACGGCCUCUCCCAUCAUGACUGAGCACGGUCUGUCUCCAGGGCCCAUCAAUGGCUGCUCUUCCUCCUCCAACCCCCAGCCCAAUGCAGGCAACAGCAGCAAGCCCUGGAGGAGUAAGUCCCUGAACACCAAGCACAGCACCACCUCCUCCAUGCUGUCUGUCAAACAGGACCCUCCCACCAGGCAGCCCGCGGCCACACCCCUAGAGGUCCUCCCUAAAGUCAUCGCCCAGAAGUCCAUGCUGGAGAAAUUCAAGCUUUUCAACAGCAAAGGAGGCUCCAAGGCAACUGGAGUCCUGACUGACAGGCCGACAGGGCAGGAGACGGAGUCGAUGGAGUCGCGUCCCACCAGCAGUGACCCCCUAGAGGAGGCAGAGGGGAACUCCCGGCCCCCCAGUGUCAUGGCGACCAGCCCCAAGCUUGCCCUGAAGGGCAUUGCCCAGCGCACCUUCGGCAGGGCCCUCACCCCCCAGAAGAGCUCUCUGAAGACUGGGGAGAAGGAGAAGGACAAGGCCAGGCCCAAGGAGAGGGACAAGGCCUGGGAGGGAGGCUCCAAGCGGGGGUUCAUCACAGAGCAGGAGGAGCCCAGGGAUGACACCAGGCAGGAGGGAGUAGGUUCAGACUCAGCAGAGCCCAAGAGGAACACUAAGAGUACCAGCCUCAUCCCAAAAGGAGGCAAGGCUGGCAGUGGCAAAAAGGAGGUUUCAGCCCCAGCAGCACACAGCGGAAUACAAAAGCCAGGAUUCAAGGCAGGGAAGACCUCGGUGGUGCCCUCUUCUGGUCGAGAUGGAGACAGGCCCAGCAGUUUGAGGGCCGGUGGGGGUGGUGGCCACUCGGUGCACAAGUGCCAGCUGGACAGCAGAAGCUCCAGCUCCUGCUCCAGCCUGGCCUCCUCUGAAGGGAGGUCUCACCAUCAACACCACCAUACCAACGGAGCUCCCCCAGUAGCCACCACAGCCAGCAACACCAUCAGUGUCCAGCUACCUCAUCCUCAGCAGCAAUACAAUCACCCCAACACUGCCACUGUUGCACCAUUCAUGUACAGGUCUCAGCCUGAUGUGACUGGAGCAGACAUGAUGAUGAUGGAGGCAGCGGGGUCACUGGAAGGUCACAGAGAGACCGCAGCCAUCAGCAAGUCAGCAGACAACUCCCAGGAGGACCUCACAGGUGAAGACCCUGAGGCCAGGCGGUUGCGGACGGUGAAGGACAUUGCUGAUCUGAGGCAGAACCUGGAGGAGACCAUGUCCAGCCUAAGGGGAACACAGAUUAGCCACAGCACCCUAGAGACCACCUUCGACAGCAGUGUCACCACCGAGAUCAGCGGAAGAGGCAUGCUCAACCUCUCCCCCCGCCCCAACCCAGCGCUGCCCUGGCGACUGUGCCCCUCCAGCCCACGUCUGCAGGCAGGCGACGCCCCCUCUGUGGGAAAUGGGUACGCAGUGGUGAUGCGGGGCAGCUCUAUUGGCAUGGUGAGCCCAGAGGAUGGGCGCUACCUCCGCAGCAGGCAGACACCAGGACAGGAGAGUAACACUGUGUGUGACCUGUCAGACAAGAUGGAAGAGCUGGAGGGCGUUGCCAUAGAGACCACAGGGUACAUGAGCGAUGGGGACGUGCUAGGGAAGAACAUCCACAUGGACAAAGUCUCCAGUGGUUGGGACGACAGCAGCUCGGUGAGCAGUGGGGUCAGUGACACUAUCGACACAGAUGACAUCAACACCAGUUCCUCAGUCAGCUCCUACGUCAACACUCCGUCCGUCUCCUGCAAGGACAUAGAGGGACAGCUCCAGACAGACGCAGAGAAGCACCUGGCCAUCGAGCAGAACUCUGUGUGGUCCGGCAGCGACGAAGUUAAGAGGUCAGACGGUGUCUCGGACAACGGGCUCAAAAUGGAGUCGGGCUCCAAGUAUUGCCGCCACCCCUCAGACAUGUCGGACGAGUCGGACAGGAGCUCCUCGGGCCGCAAUACGCCCUCCGUGGCCCACACAGGUUCCUGGAGGCGGGGAAUGAGCGCCCAGAUGGGCGUAACCUCCCCCAGGACCAAGGGCCCCAUCACGCCAGGCUGUGCAACUCUGAAGACCCAUGUUACAGGUAAAACGGACGACGCCAAGGUGUCUGAGAAAGGCCAACAUUAUCUCUCUCCCCGGGCCAAGUGUAGCAUGCAGCGCUCCCCAUCAGACACGGGCCGCAGCAGUGGAGACGAGGCCAAGAAGCCCCCCUCCUCCUCCAGCCGCACCCCCACCACCAACACCUUUGGAUUUAAGAAGCAUGCAGGAGGAGGUAUGACCAUGGUGACAGCCAGCGGAGUGACCAUCACCAGUGGCUCAGCCACCCUGGGAAAGAUCCCCAAGUCAGUGCAGCUCCACGGGGGUCGGGGUCUUGGUCGCCAGGCCAGUGUGGAUGAUGGCUACCUACCUGUGAGCUCACACUCCACCCUGCAGUACCGCAGCCUCCCCCGGCCCAGCAGAGCCUCUGGUGGGGGACGUAGCACAAGCCGCUCGUCCAGCACCAGCAUCGACUCCAAUCUCAGCAGCAAGUCCAACACGCUCCAUGGCCCCAAAAGCCGCAGCCAAGUCCCCAAACCCAGCGCUGGUGGCACCCCCCUUCCUGGCUCUGGAUCCAACCAGACAGACCGGGAGAAGGGGGUGUCCUCUGAAGCCAGUCCCACAGCCCUGGGAGUCAGGCAACCAGGGGGAAAGUACCCAGAUGUCUCCUCCCCUACCAUGCGCAGACUGUUCGGAGGCAAGCAGGGCAAGCAGCAUGCCCCAGUCACCACCGCAGAGAACAUGAACAACUCCACUGUCAUCUCCAACCUCCAUGCCAACUCUGGCCAGCAGGGUGGCGCUCUGGACUCCCCCUCAGCCAGUAGCGGGGGCAGUAGCCCUCUUUAUGGGGGUGGAGGUCGUCUGGGUGUGGAGGCACACUCCCUCUCCCCACUGGCCUCCAGUCCCAGUUCGGCCCUGUCCACCCCCUCCCACAGCCUGGCCUGGAACAGCACCCUGAGCAGGGACACUCUGAGCCCCGGCUACCCCUCCCUCAGCAGCCUUGCCACCAGCAGCGAGUCCAUCGACCUGUCUCUGGGCAGCGGAGGCCACGGACACCACAGCCCUGGUCACGACACACUGCCAGCCUGCGUCAGGAACAACGGCAUCAAAACUGGCUUCUCAGACAGGUACGGCCACCUGCCCCAGCUACGUAGUCAUGACGACCACCGAGAUUGGCUGCGUUCCCACUCUGCAGGAGGUCUUCAGGAGUCUGCCGCCAGCUCACCCUUCUACCCCACCUCCAGCCUCACCUCGCCCUCCGGAGCCCGCUUCAACUUCUCCCAGCUUGCAGGCAGCCCUACCACGGUGGCACAGAUCAACCUGGCAAACCUCCGCAGCGGCCUGGCCAAUCAGGAUGGUUCGUAUGACCCAUACAGUGACCCCCGUCUGAGGAACUCGUCCAUGUCUCUAGAGGAGAAGAGUCGCACCAUGACCAGCUCUGGGUCCUUCAGAGAAGGCCUGGAGGAGGUCCACGCCUCCUCUGUGUCUCUGGUGUCCAGCACUUCGUCUGUCUACUCCACGCCUGAGGAGAAAGCUCAGUCAGAGAUUCGUAAGCUGCGGAGAGAACUGGACGCCUCCCAAGAGAAGGUGUCUGCUCUGACCACUCAAAUGAGUGCUAAUGCUCACCUGGUAGCAGCAUUUGAGCAGAGCUUGGGGAACAUGACCAUCCGACUGCAGGGACUUACCACCACGGCUGAGCAGAAGGACUCUGAGCUAAACGAGCUGAGGAAGACCAUAGAACACCUGAAGAAGCAGAAUACCGCAGUCCAGGCAGCCAUCAACGGUGACAUCAAUCUCCCAGAGACCUCCUGCAACGGUGAUAGGUCAGCUUCAGCCAAUGAGAGCUCCCAGUCUCACCUGGACCUGCGUAUCCACAGACAGCACUCAUCUGACAGUGUGUCCAGCAUCACAAGCGCCACCAGCCACUCCAGUGUGGGCAGCAACCAGGAGCUGGACUCCAAGAAGAAGAAGAACUGGCUGCGGAGCUCCUUCAAGCAGGCAUUUGGGAAGAAGAAGUCGCCCAAGUCUGCGUCCUCCCACUCAGACAUUGAGGAGAUGACCGACUGUUCCCUGCCCUCCUCCCCCAAGCUAACAGCAUAUAACUGCUCCACCACCUCUACACCCAUGCUCCAGAACUCCCACUCCAACUCUUUGAUCUCAGAGUACACAGACAGCGAGGCGGAGAAGGUGAUGGGGCUCCGCAGUGAGCUCCGAGACAAGGAGAUGAAGCUGACUGACAUACGCCUGGAGGCCCUCAGCUCCGCCCACCAGCUGGACCAGCUCAGGGAGUCCAUGAACCGCAUGCAGGGCGAGAUAGAGAGGCUGAAGACCGAGAACGACUGUCUGAAGAUGGAGAGUCAGGGCAGCUGCAGCAGAGCAGCCUCACAGGCCUUAGUGGCCUCACCCUCAGCGGGCCAGUCAAAGCACGGCCUCGCCCUAACAGAGUCCACCAGCCUCGACAUGCUGUUGGAGGACAGCGGGGACAGUAGCUCACGGAAAGAAGGACAACACGUCAAGGUAGUCGUAACUCUGGAUGAGGACACCAAGUGGAAAGAGGACCGUAGACCUCGUAAUUUCCUGAUUGGUUGCAUUGGUGUCAGUGGGAAAACUAAGUGGGAUGUGCUUGAUGGGGUGGUCAGACGUCUCUUCAAGGAGUACAUCAUCCAUGUGGACCCAGUCAGCCAGCUGGGUCUAAACUCAGACUGUGUCCUGGGCUAUAGCAUCGGGGACAUCCAUCGCACCAGUGGGGCUGACACCCCUGAACUCCUGCCCUGUGGAUACCUUGUUGGAGAUAGUGACACCAUCUCUGUCUCCCUCAAAGGUGUGUGUGAGCACAGCCAGGACAGCCUGGUAUUCGAGACACUGAUUCCCAAGCCCCUGCUGCAGCGUUACGUGUCCCAGCUGCAUGACCACGGCAGGAUCAUCCUGUCUGGCCCCAGCGGCACUGGAAAGAGCUUCCUGGCCAGCCGGUUGGCCGAACACAUGGUGCUGAGGGAGAGGAGAGAGGUCACCGAUGGGACCAUUGCCACGUUCAACGUCGACCACAAGUCAAGCAAGGAGCUGUGUCAGUACCUGUCUAACCUGGCUGACAAGUGUAAUAGUAUGAGUCAUGGGGUGACCAUGCCCCUGGUGGUCAUACUGGACAACCUGCACCGCAGCAGCUCCCUGGGAGAGGUCUUCAAUGGCCUGCUCAGCUGCAAGCACCACCGCUGUCCUUAUAUCAUUGGAACAAUGAAUCAGGCUACAUCGACCACUCCCAACCUCCAGCUUCAUCAUAACUUCAAGUGGGUGCUGUGUGCCAACCAUACUGAGCCAGUGAAGGGCUUCCUGGGUCGGUUCCUGAGGAGGAGGCUGAUGGAGACAGAGAUCAGCAGCCGACAGCGCAAUGCUGAGCUGGUGAGGAUCAUCGAGUGGAUCCCUACUGUCUGGCAUCACCUCAACCGGUUCCUGGAGUCCCACAGCUCCUCGGACGUCACCAUCGGGCCCCACCUCUUCCUGUCCUGCCCCAUGGAUGUGGAGGGAUCCAGAGUGUGGUUCACAGAUCUGUGGAACUAUUCCAUCAUUCCCUACAUGCUGGAGGCUGUCCGAGAGGGGCUGCAGCUGUAUGGGAGGAGAGCUACAUGGGAGGAUCCAGCACAGUGGGUGGUGGAGAGCUAUCCCUGGGCAGCCAGCCCCCUGCAGCACGAAUGGACCCAGCUGCUGGAGCUCCGGCCAGUGGACGUGGGAUUCGAUGGAUACUCCAUCUCCAAAGACGGCUGUCCCAGAAAGCAGCUUCCCCAGGGAGACACUAACGGAGACCCCCUGAUGAACAUGCUGAUGAAGCUAAAGGAAGCGGCCCACUGCUCCGCCAGCACUCAGAGCUACGACAGUGACUCCAACAGCAACCAGGAUCACCAUGACAACACUGUGCUGGACUUAUCACUGGAGUGCACACUAUGAGUCUCACUGGGGCAGAUAAUACUCACUGUGGCUGGGACACAUCCUAACUUGAGAUACGUUUGUUAAUCAUCCAUUGACAUCAAUGGGAGACUGAUAUGAGGUUAUGUAUUUGAAGAUAUAUUUGAAGUUAGAAUUUGGACUUCUGUAAUUUCAUAUCUUUAGGCAGACAUAUUGCAUAAUGGCUGGAACUCACUACUUUCCAAAAAGGGUUCUUCAAAGGGUCCUCCUAUGGGGACAGCCGAAGAACCCUUUUAGGUUCUAGAUAGCACCUUUUAUUCUGUGUAGGCCUUACAGGGCUAUUAAAUUCCGGUCCUGAAGGGAUGACAUACUUCUGUUUUUUCAUCCUCUCCUUCUAAUUCAAAUCUGGAAACCACUUGAAUACAAUUAACUACCAGAUAGAAACAAAAAAACUGAAAUGUUUCUCCCCUCCAGGGCUGGAAUUGAAUAGCCUUGGGCCAUACUGGGUGCUGGUAACCCAAGAUAAAAAUCCCAGUCAAAGUUCAAUAACCUGAAUAAUUUCAACUCAGUACUCUACUAUUUUCAAUGUUUAUUAGGAGUCUGUUUACAAUCACAGGCAAAGACAGUCAACCAUAUAAAUAAAUGACAAAUCUUAUGAGACGUCAAACCGGUUGCCUUGACUGUGACCUAACCUAGGCUAUAGCUCAUGAGAUGUUAAACCGGUUGCCUUGACUGUGACCUAACCUAGGCUAUAGCUUAUCAGAUGUCAAACCGGUUGCCUUGACUGUGACCUAACCUAGGCUAUAGCUCAUGAGAUGUCAAACCGGUUGCCUUGACUGUGACCUAACCUAGGCUAUAGCUCAUGAGAUGUCAAACCGGUUGCCUUGACUGUGACCUAACCUAGGCUAUAGCUCAUGAGAUGUCAAACCGGUUGCCUUGACUGUGACCUAACCUAGGCUAUAGCUCAUGAGACGUCAAACCUGUUGCCUUGACUGUGACCUAACCUAGGCUAUAGCUUAUGAGAUGUUAAACCGGUUGCCUUGACUGUGACCUAACCUAGGCUAUAGCUUAUCAGAUGUCAAACCGGUUGCCUUGACUGUGACCUAACCUAGGCUAUAGCUCAUGAGAUGUUAAACCGGUUGCCUUGACUGUGACCUAACCUAGGCUAUAGCUUAUCAGAUGUCAAACCGGUUGCCUUGACUGUGACCUAACCUAGGCUAUAGCUUAUGUGGUCCAAACUGAGUAGCAAUAACUGGAUAUACAUUCACUCAGCUGCAUAGAGCUUCUUUUAAUUAAUUUUUUAUUUCACCUUUAUUUAACCAGGUAGGCAAGUUGAGAACAAGUUCUCAUUUACAAUUGCGACCUGGCCAAGAUAAAGCAAAGCAGUUCGACACAUACAACAACACAGAGUUACACAUGGAGUAAAACAAACAUACAGUCAAUAAUACAGUAGAAAAAUAAGUCUAUAUACAAUGUGAGCAAGUGAGGUGAGAUAAGGGAGGUAAAGGCAAAAAAAGGCCAUGGUGGCGAAGUAAAUACAAUAUAGCAAGUAAAACACUGGAAUGGUUGAUUUGCAGUGGAAGAAUGUGCAAAGUAGAGAUAGAAAUAAUGGGGUGCAAAGGAGCAAAAUAAAUACAGUAGGGGGAAAGGUAGUUGUUUGGGCUAAAUUAUAAAUGAGCUAUGUACAGGUGUAGUAAUCUGUGAGCUGUUCUGACAUCUGGUGCUUAAAGCUAGUGAGGGAGAUAAGUGUUUCCAGUUUCAGAGAUUUUUGUAGUUUGUUCCAGUCAUUGGCAGCAGAGAACUGUAAGGAGAGGCGGCCAAAGGAAGAAUUGGUUUUGGGGGUGACCAGAGAGAUAUACCUGCUGGAGCGCACGCUACAGGUGGGUGCUGCUAUGGUGACCAGCGAGCUGAGAUAAGGGGGGACUUUACCUAGCAGCUUGACCUGUGUGCAUUUUCUUAGUGGAGAGGCACAGACCAUGGUGGACAUAUUUUUUAUGCUUAACUUUCAAAUGAUGCCUUGCUACUUUUAUAACAACGGUAGUAACACGCAUGCCUUUAAUGAACAUGAUUUCUAUAGAGGCUGUGCAGAGUUUAGGUGCUGGCUGCUAGCUUGUUCAGACUUUGAUGAAAACACAUCCUUUCUGUGCACCUAGCGGGUAGCAAAAAGGUCUAGGCUUUUGUUAGGGAUGUUUUUAAAUCAGUGAUGCUUAUAGGAUUUUUUUGGUGCUCUGCUUGGGAAAAUGUGAACUUAUUGACAGAAUUUUUUAAAUAUAUAUUACCUCAUGAGCGUUUCAAACAGUAUCCCAACCGUGCUUGUUUGUCUUUUAUUCAGCUCAAAACGGAGCGCAAUCUCUGCAUGAAAUGUUUCAACCCAGUGUUUCUCUUAUAGAGGCACUUUGGACAUGUAGACCCACAUCUGAAAGGUCCCAGUCUAGAAAGGAAUCAGAGCGACUGCAUGGCUUUGAGACAGAGGAUGGCGUGUCUAGUCAUUCACUCUGGAGAAUUAGCACCAGGACCAUUUGCAUCAAGUGUUAAUGGGAUCCUCAGUGUUGCUGUAUUGGAGUGACUAGAAUUGAUUCCCUAAUAAGAUGGAGUUUUUUCAGAGUGGCUUAUGCUACUACGAGGCACCACUUUGGUUGCUCCCCCUCACAAGGUCUCCAUUAUCUGCCAGUGUUGUUGCUGUUCAUCCUCUGAGUGUUCUUAGAAACAAAUGCUAUGCAAAUUUCAUUUGGAAUUUUUGACUAAAGCCAAAACAAAAAUUCACUUCCAUUUUUACGUAUUGUCAAAGGUUGUAUUGUAAGUACAUUGAUCUGUGAAUAUUUUUGUGAGGUUUGUAUUUUCACUACCAUAUCUUACUGGAUUGUAAAGGGUGAUGCAAGCACAAAUAGAAAAUGUUUGUUUUUCUUCUCUUGGUCCCACAAAGUUUGGAUGUUGGAAUGUUGUGAAAAAGGUGUGCUAUUGAAUCUAGUUGUUAAUAAUGUUUAAUAAUUAUUUGAUAUGUGCAUUUUGCUUAUGUAAAAAAAAUGUAAAUAUUUUAUCUGAAUCCCACGUUUUGAAAACAUUUUGAAAUCUUGUACAGAAAUAGAGAGUAGUCAUUUGUGUACAGUUUGGUUUAUAGAUUGUAUGUUGUUAAUAUGUUGUCAAUAAUUUAUGUGAAAUAUCAUGAGACUGAGAAUAAAUCUGGUCACGAUA